GUAAGCGGCGAGUGAUCGCGGAGCCGGGGGUGGCCAGCGGCUUGGACCGGUUCAUUUUGCUGUAGCGGUAUUGGGCGGUUCUUUGUGGACGGUGUUGCAGCAGAUAUCGUCGAAGCUGUAUGCUGCAACCAGAAGGAACAGCCUUUUCAAGCUGUAAUAAAAGUUAGUCAUCAUGAAUAUAUCAUCAUCAGCUGGUAUCAUCUCACUCCUGGAAGAGCCCAUGCCAGAGCUGAAGGUGUUUGCUCUGAAGAAACUAGAUCUCAUUGUAGAUGAGUUCUGGGCAGAAAUCUCAGAGGCUAUUGAGAAAAUCGAGAUCCUGCACGAGGACAAAGGCUUCCCGGAGCGCCAUUUGGCCGCACUGGUGGCCAGCAAAGUCUACUACCACCUGGGUUCGUUCGAGGACUCGCUGACAUAUGCGCUCGGCGCCGGAGACCUGUUCGACGUCAAUGACAAGUCCCAGUAUGUGGAGACCAUCAUUGCCAAAUGUAUCGACCACUACACCCAGCUGCGCGUUUCGAACGCUGAGGAGGCCGGCGAGGGCGACGGCCACCUGAUCGAUGCGCGCCUCGAGGGCAUCGUGGACCGCAUGCUCAGUCGCUGCUUCCAGGACGGCCAGUACCGCCAGGCGCUGGGCAUCGCGCUCGAGACGCGCCGCAUGGACGUCUUCCAGAAGGCCAUCAUGGACUCGGACGACGUGGCCGGCAUGCUGCAGUACGCCUUCACGGUGGCCAUGUCGCUGAUCCAGAACAGACAGUUCCGUAACGCGGUGUUGCGCGCGCUGGUCGACCUCUACCGCAACCUGGCCACGCCCGACUACGUCAACAUGUGUCAGUGCCUGAUCUUCCUGGACGACCCUAGCGCCGUGGCCCAGGUGCUGGAGCGGCUGAUCCGCGGCACGCAGGACAGCGCACUGAUGGGCUAUCAGAUCGCGUUCGACCUGUACGACUCGGCGACGCAGCAGUUCGUGGGCCGGGUGCUGCAGGCUCUGCGGGUGACGGCGCCGCUGCCGGCGCUGCUUGCCGGCCCGGUAACAGCUGCCGCGCCGGCCGAGCACGCGGCCGACCGGGCCGAGCAGCCCGGCGACGCGCGGCCCCAGACGGCCGAUCAGCUGUCGGAACGGGACCAGCAGGUGCAGAAGCACUACGAGCGUCUGACCACCAUCCUGGCCGGCGACGUGGCCAUCCAGCUGCACCUGCAGUUCCUCAUCCGUGGAAAUCACACGGACCUGAUGAUUCUGAAGCAGGUCAAGGACACGGUGCGCGCGUCCGUCUGCCACACUGCCCUGGUGGUGGCGCACGGCUAUAUGCAGUGUGGCACCACCAGCGACCAGUUCCUCAGGGAUAACCUGGACUGGCUGUCUCGGGCAUACAGCUGGGCCAAAAUGUCGGCCACAGCGUCACUGGGCGUCAUCCACAAGGGUCACGAGAAGGAAGCGCUGGGUCUUAUGCAGGCGUACCUGCCGAAAGACGCGGCCGGCAGCUCGGGCUACACAGAGGGCGGCGCUCUGUACGCGCUCGGCCUGAUCCAUGUCAACCAUGGCGCCGCCAUCAUCGACUACCUGGUGCAGCAGCUCAAGGAGGCCAACAAUGAGGUGGUGCGGCAUGGCGGCUGUCUGGGCGUGGGUCUGGCCGCCAUGGGCACGCACCGGGCCGAUAUCUACGAACAGCUCAAACUCAAUCUGUACCAGGACGACGCCGUCACCGGAGAGGCAGCCGGUAUCGCGAUGGGUCUGGUCAUGCUGGGUUCCAAGUCGGCGCAGGCGAUUGAGGACAUGGUGGCGUACUCGCAGGAGACGCAGCACGAGAAGAUCCUGCGCGGCCUGGCCGUCGGCAUUGCGCUGACGAUGUACGAGCGUCUGGAGGAGGCGGACACGCUCAUCACGAGCCUGUGUUCCGACAAGGAUCCCAUCCUGCGUCGCAGCGGCAUGUACACGGUGGCCAUGGCCUACUGCGGUACCGGCAACAACCAGGCCAUCCGACGUCUGCUGCACGUUGCCCAUGUUUGCGACGUCACCACGUACCGGAACAUUAGCAGGAUCGACUGGCAGAGGCAGGCGGCUGAGGCCGUCCGCGUUGUCGAUGUACUACCCGGCGACGAACUGGAACUGGUACUGAUAGCCAAGCGUUAA